AUGGGUCCGAAGAAGCAUUCCGCCGUCAAACCCAAGACCACAGCAGCCCCUGCACGUGAGCAGCCGCCACCAGACUGGCCACCUUUCAAGCCCCUCUUGCAAGCUUCAGACCUGUCUCUAUCUACCGUAGUAGAAUCUCAAAUCUUCGUUGUAAAGAACUUCUGGACUGGGACGCUAUGCAAAAAUUAUGUCUCAUUUCUAAAAGGCUUGCCGCUCACCACAACGCCCGGCAAGCCAAAGAGGGGCGACGCCUUGCGUGUCAACGACCGAUUCCAGGUGAUGGACGAAGGAUUUGCUAAUAGGCUGUGGGUUGAGACUGGGCUGAGGGAGUUGGUUUGUGGCGGCGAUGAAGAUGUUGGGGGAGAGGAUGUCAUGAGUCCGGAGGAGAGGAAGGAGUUGUGGGGAGGGGAACCCUUGGGACUGAACCCGUCAAUACGGAUCUACAGAUACACCAAGGGGCAAUAUUUCGAUUGCCAUUAUGACGAAUCAAACGUAUUAACCUUAAACACUAAACCUACGCCGAUGCCAGCCAAAACCACGUGGACAUUUCUAUUAUAUCUAACAUCACCCGCAACAGGCUGUCAAGGGGGCGAAACGGCCUUCUACCCUGACGACCUUCCGGGAAGGAAGUCGGCUAUUGAGAAAGAGAUUGUCGUUGGACUAGAGACCGGAAUGGCGCUGUUACACAAGCAUGGUAAUGAUUGUAUGCUGCAUGAGGGAAGAGAAGUUACCGAUGGUGAAAAGUGGGUUAUCAGAACGGAUCUUUGCGUAAAGAGGGAGAAGUCAAGGUUUGCAGAUUGA